AUGAUUAAGCAUACUGACAUUGUAUCUAUCGAAUCUCUACGUAAUAAAACUAUUGCUAUUGGUGAGUUAUCGGUUAACUUUUCCAUUUCACUUUUAACAUUUAGACGGGCAUAUUUGGCUUUACGAAUCUAACAAAGGUUGCCACACGCAUGGAACUUCGGGAGUCUCCUAUCUCGUUACUUUCUUCAAUCGGUUCGUCAUUUUUUUGGAUCAUUAAUAUUGUUGGUUUGACAAAAGCUAUGACUAUUGUUUCAAAGAUUUUGCAUGAAGUUUUAGAGUUCAAAAUGAGCAUUAUAUUCUUGUGAUUUUUUUUUUCUCGGCUUUAAAAACAACAUUUAGGUGCCAGCGGUUGUUGGAAUACAACAUUGAAUUGAUUGUUGUCUUUGAUAAUAUCAAUUCUGACUGUGCUGCUUCAACAUCGGUUAUUUUGAGUUUUGAAAUAGAACCGGGAAAUUCUUUCAGUCGGACUCAACCGCCUGGCAAGAGAGGAAAAAGCGGAGAGCCGGCUCAAACAGGUCUUCAUCUCCGCUUUCAGAUUGUGCUGACAAAGUCCUUAAGAUACAGGUUAGUCUUAUCUACUAGUUUGGACAAUAAAAAAAUCCCCAGAUUUUGCUGCGGAAUAUGGGAAUCCGCUGUUUGGUCGCGGAAAGUGAUGGUGAAGCCCAGUGUGCACAGCUCGAAAUGGCCAAACUCACACAUGGAUGCAUCACGAGCGACUUCGAUUAUUUCUUGUUCGGCGGCAUGAAUCUGUAUAAAAUCAACUACGAAAAUGGGGGGAAAACCGUGUCACAGGACGUCAUUCACUUAUCUAUGGAUAAGUUGGAGACGGAACAUCGUGAGUUGAAAACGAUUAGCAAGUUUUUUUUAUUGAUUCUUGCAGACUUGUCGAGAAAUCGUCUCAUAGCGUUAUCUAUGCUCUUGGGCUGCGAUUACUAUGAUCAAGGUGUCGGCAGAGUUGGAAUGGUCACGGCCUUGGAAAUCUUGUCCGAGUUCACUGAACCUGCUCCUGGCGGUGCAGACGAUCAUCCAGUUUCCAUCUUGGAUCGAUUCGCGUUAGUUUUUGAUUCCAUAAAAUAUUAUUUUUUUCCAUUCCAAAGUAUCUUUUUUUCAAACUUCUGAGUAUUAGCCGAUUAUUCUCUCAAACCGUCACACCUUAAAUUUUAAAAAAAUCUGAAUUUCGUGAGGAUCUUUUUGAAAAAGUCGAAGUAUUGCUUGAUCUGUAAAAAAAAAUGAUUUUACGUCUCGAUGUUUGUAAUCUUAAUAGUCGAUUUUUCUUUUCACUGUAAUAAUUCUUUUUUAAGUUUUUUUUUACAAUUCCACAGUCCGCUUUAUAAAUUUUGACAAGGCUCUUUUAAGUGACUGAGAUAGUUUUUUUGAUCAAUAUCUCGUAUAUUUUUGUUUCAAGUCUUUUUUUAUCUUUUUCUUUGAUUGCAAUAGCUGGCUGAGACACAUGGCGCUAAAUAAAUAUAAAAAAAUAUAUGCAAAAUUUUUUUGUUUUAGUGCUUAUCAUCGUCGCGAAAUACCGGAGCGGGCUGAUGACAGCGAAACCAAGAAAAAACUUCGAAAGAAAGUUGUUCACCUUCCCGAUGGCUUUCCAAACACUGAGCUUUUGACGUAACGUUUCUUUUAUUUCUUUUUGAUCUUUAUCAGUGAAGCUGUCAGCAUUUACUUGCUUCCAAAAGUUCUGAAAAUCGACCAUCUCACUUUCCCGUCGAAGCCAUUCAAAGAUAUGGAUGUUGUCAUGGUGAUUCGUCGAUUAUUGACUUUUUUAAUUCUUCAAUUGUAGAACAUUUUAUCGAAAACGUGUGGUUGGAAACCUGAGCGUUUCGAUGAGGAAAUGGAGCGAAGUGAGAAGCGAAAGACCAGAUUGAGCCCAGACACGGUUUGUCUUUUUAAAAGAAAAUUAAAAGGCCGAGGUAGAUUUUUCAGACGCAAACUAAGUUGACCAAGUUUUUCACGCGUACUCGUCGUAUUUCUAACGUUUUGGGCUUAUCCGGAAAAGAAGAGAUGCCGACUUGCAGCCGUAGAGAAUGGGCUGCACUGCACAACUUGAAGAGAAAGGCUUUUUCCAAACACUGAACAGGUUAUUCAUUGAAAAUAUAAAUGUUUUUUUUUGUUUAAAGAAAAGGUAGUAAUAAAAUAAUUUUCUCGAUAAAAAUUAGCUCUAGAAAUCAGUUCAAAUUUUCAACCAAUCAUCUUUUUUCAAUUUUUUUCUGGAAAUUAAGUUUUCCAAAAAUAUUUUGGUCGCGUUUUUCGUUCAAUCACAUUCUUGCAGUUUAUUCAAAACUUUUAGGGAUUUUUUUGAUUUUUUUGAAAUUGAAUGUUUUAAAAAAACUUUUUUUCUCGAUUUGAGCUUCAAUAUGUUAACUAUAGCGGUUUCUAUAUAUUUUUCUUGAGGUUUUUUUUCCUACGCUUGACUAUUGUUUCUCCGUAAUUUCGAAGUCGAUUUUGAAUUUUUUUUUUUUCAGUUUUAUUUUUCCAGACCUCAGAUGGCAAUUCUUCGGCGUUCACUUCAAUCUCAGGCACUUGUGAAUCGAUGACUCCUUCUCCAGAUCAUACUCAGGCCAAAAGAAGGUCCAGUAAAAAGUUGGUUAUCUCUUUAUAUUUUUUACCAAGCUCUUAUUUUUUCAAUUAGUUUCUGAUGAGAGAAGUAUUCGAUUUUCAGGGUGGUUUGCGAGUACAAGAGAGCAUCGCCUGCAGUGGUCACACAACCGGAACCAGAAGCUUCGGAAACGUCUUCUAUUCAAAUCUUGAACUGA